CUGUUCCAAAACACCACGCAUCAUGAAUUUCACCUAUGAACAUCUCAACAUGUCUGUAACAGACAAGAAAACAGAAUAUGACAAUUGUUCCUUAUUAUGUGGGAGGUCGGGGUCCGUUGUUGCUCGAGUAAAUGACAGUACUCUUCAACAGCGUCAGUUUGAUAAAAUACAAAAUGUGAAGCUAUGGGUAAAUAACUCUGACAGCCAUGUAAUGUCAAGGCGGUGCCAUAUAUCGAACCAUGAAUACAUGUUAGAGAUGAGUAAUUGCAGUCGAAAGUUUAAAUGUCUUUGCCAGAAAGAAGGUUACAGCGCAGGAUCUGAAGAAAACAAAACUAAUCCAAAUAAAAAUAACAUAUCAGAAUUUAGCUGGGUCGUAGGUGGUGACAGGCAGUUCUUUGUCUACAACGUUAACCUAACUUUUCGAAACGCUGCUGAAAACUGCAAGAAGCUUGAGGCUGCAAUCGUCUCUUUUUCUAACCCUAGCGAGUACAUAUUGUUACCAAGGAACAAACCUCUAAGAGGAAAAUAUUGGGUUGGAGAAUGUUCAAAGCCUACAAACAACAAGUGUCUGACGUUAGAGGUCGUUGAGGUCGGAGGUCAUACAUCCCUCUAUUCCACAUUGUCUGAGGUGAAACAAUACAGUAUAUGUAGCCGGGUCGCCAAUGCAUCGGAAGUCUUGAACCAUCCUUCUUUUGUUAAAAUGAUUAAAAAUAUGACCAUCGAUACUCACCAGACGACAAAAAUGGCGCGAAAAUUAAAUUGCGCGCGAGAUGAAAGAACCUCAGCGAAAGCCAUCGGAGCUAUCGUCGGAACAGGUGUUAUUGCAGUCGUCGGAAGUUUGUUAGUUUUAAGUGACAUACGACGCAUAUAUUAUUUCAUUGUCAGACGGAUGUAAGUUCAGGACCCGGUUGGAGUAUUUAGACAUGACGGGACGGCAAAUAUUUUUUUUUCAAUAUUCAUGUACCAUUGAUGAAG